UGUUCCAUCCAGUCGCCGCAAUGGCGAUCUUGUUAUUUUGAUCCCUUUCUCCAUCAAACAUCCAACCGGGAGCUCGUCCCAGACUACUAGCUUUCCAAACGAUUCCUCUUUAUUGAGUUAAUGUAUUCCCGACCGUGGCAGCAGCCGGGUAAACCCGCCCGCGGCAUUCGACGUUGACGGGAGCACUCGAAAUACCAACCUUCAAGGUAACUACAGGUAAUUUAGCGUGCGGGUUUCAUCCAUCGGUACAGCACCCGAUGGCCAACCAGUUGACGGCGCUAAGCGCCGUCACGUCCUUUGCAUGGCUCGCAUAUAGCAUAGAGUACCACCAGGUCAUCGAGCAACCUCGGCCCUCGUCCCUCCUUGUCCUCCUCAUCGGGGCAUUAUCGUCGUAUGGAGCCAGCUUCUUCUCCGUGUGUCUCCCCGGCACAAAUGGGAGGUUCGACGAUGAGCGGGCGCCGCUGAGGGCGAGACGCAGCAACUUACCAAAGAAACCACGGAGAUACUUCUUGCCUGCGCUCGUUUUUUGUGUCAUAUUGCGUUUGGAAAUCUUCCACCGAGUGUCGCUUGACCUGCAAUGCUCCAAGCAGGGAAUCGAGGCCUUUUUGCCUCUCUUAAUCUUUUUAUACGAAUUCCUCCCUGGCCUCGGGCCACCGUCUGGUGUCGGUGACGAUGACAGGGAGGCACACGAUUUCGGCAUGACUGUCUAUGAGGCCCUUGGCUCCUGGUUCUGCGAGUCGAAAGCGUCCCUGACCCUUGCCGUCACUAUGCUCACCGUGGGCACGUAUCUCGUAUCGUCCAACGAUCCCCGGUCGACCUUCUUUUGUUCGAGCAAGGACGCCAGCGCCUCUGUCGUCUUCCUCCAAUGGGUUGGCUUGCUGCUCGACACUGCUAUCAUUAUUGUGGCCUGGCGUAUCCUUGCUUGGACAAGAACCACCAAGAGCCGUCUGAGAACCCUGAGUGGGAUCCUCCUUUUCGCCGCCGUAGGCACCGGCCUGCUCUACCAGUUCUCCCGUCUCGUCCUCCCCGGCACUCCCACGAGAUCCGACUUCCGACGCCUUGACUCGCUGUACCUCUUUGAUGUCGUCGUCGACGGCCUCGCCUUCUCCAUCUUCGUCAUAUCAACCAGUCUUCUCGCCACCGAAAGCAGCCCCCUGUCUCUGGUGGGACUGUUUACCUUCCUCCUGGGCUUCACGCAAGCAGUGCGGAAGACAGCUCUGACGGGGACCUGGGAGAACGUCGCGCCCGGGGUCGUCUAUGCCGGCUUGAUGCUCGUCUGCGUCGGCUUCUCAUCUCUCCUAUACACAAACGACAUCCGGUCCGUCGCUUUUUUGCACCGCGCUUUUAUCGUCCUCCUUCUCGUCGUCGUCACCAUCGUGGCCACCAUCUACACUCCCGUUAAGGCACUCCGAAUCACCGAGAAGCACCCGCUAACCAAGAUCAUGUACGAUGCUCGGACCGAGGCGGACCGGUGGCUGGUCAAUGCGGCGGUCAGCGAUUCGUUGCGCGUUGCCGUCGAGGAAUACAAAGACCGUCAUCAUGGCCGAGACCCUCCCGCAAAGUUUGAUGUCUGGUACGGUUUUGCUAAGGACCGGAACUCAGUCGUCCUCGACCAUUUCCCGCAAAUUGAGAAAGACCUCCUCCCAUUCUGGGGCAUGGCUCCGUCCAAGAUAAGAGAAGGUGUUCGCCGUGCUGCCGCUGAACCCGAUAUGGCUAUUCUUCAGAUACAGAACGGCAAGCCCCGGCAUAAUCUGCCCCCUUCGAGCCCUUACAAGCCAGUCAUGGAAGAUCUCGUCGAGCUGGUGACCACUUUUGCGGAACAUCUGCCCGACAUGGAGCUGGCCAUCAACCUGAACGAGCGGCCACGGGUGCUCGCACCGUGGGAGGAUGUCCAGCGGCUCAGCAAGACGGCAACCCGGAAAGGUGUCAGCAAGCUUCUUCCAAGGGCCUCCAAUCCGCUCGGCGAACUUCCCGCCGCCCAACCCGCGGCUGAAAGCCAGGAGCUUUCGAACCCGGACGGCUUCACCACCUCGGUAGAGGCCUACCGGGAGAUGACGGCCCUCGCCUGCCCGCCUGGAAGCAGGGGGCGGGCAGGCACCCACUGGGACGUCCGGGACGUCUGCACAUCUUGCGCCCGGCCGCAGUCUCUGGGCCAAUACCUGACCAACUGGCCGCUAUCCCAAGAUAUCUGCCACCAGCCGGACCUGUUCCGCCUCCAUGGCUUCCACAUGACGCCGCCCCCGCUCCGACCUCUCCAAGAGUUGCUCCCCGUCUUCAGCAGAGCAAAGACGGACGUUUACAGUGACAUUCUCAUCCCGCUGCGGCGGAUCAGCGAGCCCCCCGAACCGAGAACCGAGGGCUUCAAGGUAAAGUACAAGCGACUGUUUUGGCGUGGAAAGGUGGACCGCCACGACACCAGCCACGAGCUCGCCCGCGGUGGCCAUCAAGAGCGGCUCGUCCACAUGCUCAACAACCCGUCACGGUCGGAGACGACCAGGCUACUACUCCCGACCAAGGACAGGUUCAUGUUUGAGCAGGUCCCGACGGCGGACAUCAACGAGCUCUUCCCCAUGGACGUCGCCUUCUCCAGCUACACCGCCUGCAAGGACAGCGGUGACGACGAGACGGAUAACAAAAACAAGCAAAAAAUCAGUGACAACAAGGAGUCCUGCAAGGCCAUCGGCGCCGAGUUUCACACCAACACCGACGCCCCCCCCGCCGACGACCCCCUCCGGCACAGGUACGUCAUGGUCAUCGACACGGACGACGGCCCCGCGCCCGAGUUCCUGCGGACGCUGCGGUCGAACAGCGUCCCGUUCUACUCGUCCAUCUUCCGGGAGUGGUACAGCGAGCGGCUGAUGCCGUGGAUCCACUUUGUGCCCAUCGACGUGCGGUACCACGCGCUGCACGGCACCAUGGCCUACUUCUUUGGCCUGCUGAAGCGGGACGGGCGCACGCUGAACGGCCGGGAGGUGCUCAUGUAUCCGCGGCAGGAGGACGCCCAGUGGAUCGCCGAGCAGGGGAAGCGCUGGGCCGAGAAGGCGAUCCGGAGGGAGGACAUGGAGGUCUACCUGUUCCGCCUGCUGCUCGAGUGGGGCCGCGUGAUUGACGACAACAGGGACGAGAUCGGCUUCGUGUUGACCUAACGAAUGGGGUGGAAGUUGAGUGAGGCGGGUGGCGUCCCUUGGAUAACUUGGUACUAAGUAGUAACAUAUAUACAUAUAUAGAAUAAUACAUCGGGCGCCGGCGUUCUUGAUAAUAAUACCCCCUUCACCCCCGGGUUCCCCUAUUGAAUCUCGACCCGGC